UACAUCGAGGCGAUCAGUAACCGGCAGAGUGAGCUGGAGAACUUCGUAUCCGACGGCUACAAGACGGCACUGACGGAGGAGCGGAGGAGGUACUGCUUCCUGGUGGAGAAACAAUGUGCGGUGGCCAAGAACUCCAUCGUGUACCACAACAAGGGUAAGGACCUGCUGACCCAGAAGAUUCCCUCCUGGCAACAAGCCAGCGUGGACCCCAACAAGAUCCCGGACCGGGCCCUACAGAUCGUGCAGCAGAUGGCCACAGGGCCCAAUGGUACAAUCCUAUCGGGGGCCCUGUCUGGGCCUAUGACCAGCUCCAAAUCCAGCCUUUCCAUAUCGGACCCGAUCCCCGGUGCCAAGCCGCUGCCAGUGCCACCUGAGCUGGCGCCAUUUGUCGGGAGAAUGUCCGCCCAGGAGGGCACGCCGAUCAUGAAUGGGGUCACAGGGCCGCCCCCCAGCAGCUACGAACACUGGGGCGACAUGAAGCCCAUACAGUCCAAAAUGUUACCGUCUCAGCCGCACAAGCAGAUCAGCGACUCCUACUCCAACACCCUCCCGGCCCGCAAGAGCGUCCCCCCCAAAAACAGCUACACCGUGGCAGAGAACAAGACCCUUCCCCGAUCCAGCUCCAUGGCGGCCGGCUUAGAAAGAAACGGCAGGACGCGGGUGCAGGCCAUCUUCUCACACGCCGCCGGAGACAACAGCACCUUAUUAAGCUUCAGCAACGGCGACUACAUCACCCUGCUGGUGCCGGAGGCGAGGGACGGCUGGCAUUACGGCGAGAGCGAGAAGACCAAGCUGAGAGGAUGGUUCCCGUUCUCCUAUACGAGAGUGUUAGACCGAGGAGACACAGGAAAUCGUACACAGAAUUUACAGCCCGGGAAGAGCAGCAGCACCGGGAACCUGCUGGACAAAGACGACAUGUCCAUCCCCCCACCGGACUACAACAUGGCCGCCCGUGGCUUCCCUCCGCAGGCCGCAAGUUCCUUCAAACCCCGGCCAUACAGCGUGGCUGCACCGGUCUUCACACAGGCAUACUUAGUGCCCUACGGGUACACAAUAAACAAGAGCGCCAGCUUUCUGUGCCCACAGUCACCUGGACUGUACAAACCUUGUAGGAGGUCUUCACCCGGUUUAGAUGACUACGGGGCAGCGCGUCCCACAAACAGCAGCAAUGGGACAAUGAUCUCCACUGUGUGAGGGGCACAGACACGGCCACCGCUGCUUUGAAGAACUUUCGCCCUUUAUCUUUCCGCUUUUACUAUUUUAUUUAUUUUAUGUUUCCACCAUUUUCUUGGAAAAUUUCUGUUCACUUUUUUUUUUUUUUUUUUUUUUUUUUUAACACCGGAAUUGAUUUUCUAGGUCUUUUGGAUUCCUCCCUCAGUCCAUUGAGUUGCUGGAGGGAUCUACGCUGUAAUGUAAAGCAGGGACUGGAGGUCACGCCGGCGCCUGGGCUAUCCUGGUGUGACUCGCUGAAGUUUUUUUUUAUUUUUCUCCUCCUGUCGCUGUCGUUUUCAGAGCAGACAUUUGCCAAAGUCUAUCUGUAAUUACUGAACAUAAAGAAGUUCUCUACCGCCGUGGACAUUUUAUACCAGUUUUUAUGGGGUGUACGGAGACUUUAUUUUCGAGGUCUGUGGGGGAGGGUCCGGGGUGGGGAUAUUGCUUCCUCCGCCCGUGUCGUGGGACAUCAGGGACUGUUACUGCUUUUGUCACUGUUUUGUCCUAUCUGAAGUCUAUGUAAACACCAAGGGGCAAAAAAAAACUCCAAACUGUUGCGCUAUUUUUUUUUUUAACAUGUCCUAUUGAAGUCAAUGGGAGGUGGAUCUGCACUUUUUAGGGGCGUUUUGUAUUAUUUUUCGCAUGGUUUUUGCAUGUGAACCUACGAUAACUAAUUUUGUGUCAUCCAUCUUGGGCUACGUUGGGUCUUUUUUCCUUCAGUCACAUCCAAAGUGCUGAGAUCCUGGGUUCCGGAGCAGUGCGUUGUGGGAAAGUCUGUUUAUAUACUUCUCCCCCCAUAAGGCAUCAGUGAUGUACAGAGCUAUGAGGUCACCCACCCAGAAUGGAGGAAACCACAGCAUCUUGUGUGACCUUGGAUGUGAUGGGAGAAGAUAUGACCCAAGAUCGGCCCAGGAUCCGCUAUAUAUCCACAACCCUGAGACCAGCCUAGGAUCCACUAUGUAUCUACAACCCCAAGAUCGGCCCAGGAUCCACUAUAUAUCCACAACCCUGAGACCAGCCUAGGAUCCACUAUAUAUCUACAACCCCAAGAUCCACUAUAUAUCCACAUCCCCAAAAUCGGCCCAGGAUCCACUAUAUAUCCACAACCCCGACAUCGGCCCAGGAUCCACUAUAUAUCCACAUCCCCAAAAUCGGCCCAGGAUCCACUAUAUAUCCACAACCCCGACAUCGGCCCAGGAUCCACUAUAUAUCCAAAACCCUAAGAUCGGCCCAGGAUCCACUAUAUAUCCACAACCCCGACAUCAGCCCAGGAUCCACUAUAUAUCCACAACCCGACAUCAGCCCAGGAUCCACUAUAUAUCCACAACCCCGACAUCGGCCCCUGAUCCACUAUAUAUCCACAACCCCGACAUCGGCCCAGGAUCCACUAUAUAUCCACAACCCUAAGAUCGGCCCAGGACCCACUAUAUAUCCACAACCCCGACAUCAGCCCAGGAUCCACUAUAUAUCCACAACCCCAAGAUCUGCCCAGGAUCCACUAUAUAUCCACAACCCCGACAUCAGCCCAGGAUCCACUAUAUAUCCACAACCCCGACAUCGGCCCAGGAUCCACUAUAUAUCCACAACCCCGACAUCGGCCCAGGAUCCACUAUAUAAUCCACAACCCCGACAUCGGCCCAGGAUCCACUAUAUAAUCCACAACCCCGACAUCGGCCCAGGAUCCACUAUAUAUCCACAACCCUAAGAUCAGCCCAGGAUCCACUAUAUAUCCACAACCCCGAGACCAGCCUAGGAUCCACUAUAUAUCCACAACCCAAAGAUCGGCCCAGGAUCCACUAUAUAUCCACAACCCCGAGACCGGCCCAGGAUCCACUAUAUAUCCACAACCCCGAGACCGGCCCAGGAUCCACUAUAUAUCCACAACCCCGACAUCAGCCCAGGAUCCACUAUAUAUCCACAACCCCAAGAUCUGCUCAGGAUCCGCUGUAUAUCCACAACCCAGAGACCAGCCUAGGAUCCACUAUAUAUCCACAACCCAAAGAUCGGCCCAGGAUCCACUAUAUAUCCACAACCCCGACAUCAGCCCAGGAUCCACUAUAUAUCCACAACCCCGACAUCAGCCCAGGAUCCACUAUAUAUCCACAACCCCGAGACCAGCCCAGGAUCCACUAUAUAUCCACAUCCCCAGAUCGGACCAGGAUCCACUAUAUAUCCACAACCCUAAGAUCGACCCAGGAUCCACUAUAUAUCCACAAUCCUAAGAUCGGCCCAGGGUCCACUAUAUAUCCGCAUCCCUAAGAUAGGCCCAGGAUCCACUAUAUAUCCACAAUACUAAGAUUGGCCCAGGAUCCACUAUAUAUCCACAACCCUAAGAUAGGCCCAGGAUCCACUAUAUAUCCGCAUCCCUAAGAUAGGCCCAGGAUCCACUAUAUAUCCGCAUCCCUAAAAUAGGCCCAGGAUCCACUAUAUAUCCACAAUACUAAGAUAGGCCCAGGAUCCACUAUAUAUCCACAAUACUAAGAUAGGCCCAGGAUCCACUAUAUAUCCACAAUACUAAGAUUUGCCCAGGAUCCACUAUAUAUCCACAACCCCAAGAUUGGCCCAGGGUACACUAUAUAUCCGCAUCCCUAAGAUAGGCCCAGGAUCCACUAUAUAUCCACAAUACUAAGAUUGGCCCAGGAUCCACUAUAUAUCCACAAUACUAAGAUUGGCCCAGGAUCCACUAUAUAUCCACAAUACUAAGAUAGGCCCAGGAUCCACUAUAUAUCCACAAUACUAAGAUUGGCCCAGGAUCCACUAUAUAUCCACAUCCCCUGAGAUCGGCCCAGGAUUCACUAUAUAUCCACAUCCCCGACAUCGGCCCAGGAUCCACUAUAUAUCCACAUCCCCAUAGUCACAGGUGUUUUAUAGUGUGCACUGAGGGAUGUGUAUACCUCAGUCAUACAUAGAUGCACACAUUUACGUGGGUCUCUUAUAGGUGACGGACCUGAGGGUGGGUCUCUUAUAGGUGACGGACCUGGGGGUGGGUCUCUUAUAGGUGACUGACCUGAGUGUGGGUCUCUUAUAGGUGAUGGACCUGGGGGUGGGUCUCUUAUAGGUGACUGACCUGGGCGUGGGUCUCUUAUAGGUGAUGGACCUGGGCGUGGGUCUCUUAUAGGUGAUGGACCUGGGGGUGGGUCUCUUAUACGUGACGGACCUGGGGGUGGGUCUCUUAUAGGUGAUGGACCUG